UAAAGACGUCCAUUUACUAUGUAGACCGGCUGUUGUUUUGCUUCCUAACAAAGUGUUAAUGUUUCUAAAGGCGUUUCCGUUGGAUUUGUUGGAUAGAAAAGACUUUUCUGUGAUCAAACAUUUAUUUUUUAGGCUUGUGUGUGUUAUUAAUGUAAAUUUUUUUCUGUCCGUUGGCUAGACUUUAAAUGUUUGUUUAUGCGCAAACUUUUCAUAUCUAAGCCUAACAUACCUAUUAUUCAGCGUGCCAACGUGGUGUGACUUAAAACUUGUUAAACGUUGGAACUUUAAUAUCAAAAUUUUUCUACUUACGAUUGAAUAAUAGAUAUUCGAUCAAUUGAAAGAUCCUGAAUAAAACAUCAUUAUUUUUCUUUUGUUCAAACUUCUGAUUAUUUUAUACAUUUAGUGAAUUUUACGUCAUAGCUCUUUCGCAAUGUCGUCAACGGGCUAUAAUUUAGAAGAAAGUAGUGCAGAUAGAAAUGUGGAAAUAUGGAAGAUAAAAAAACUAAUCAAAAGUUUAGAAGCUGCCCGGGGAAACGGGACAAGUAUGAUAUCUUUAAUUAUUCCUCCUAAAGAUCAAAUUUCUAGAGUAUCAAAAAUGUUGGCUGAUGAGUUUGGAACUGCAUCUAACAUAAAAAGUAGAGUGAAUAGGUUAUCUGUUUUGGGAGCUAUCACAUCUGUACAACAUAGGUUAAAAUUAUAUACUAAAGUACCACCAAAUGGACUUGUUAUUUAUUGUGGAACAAUUGUUACAGAAGAAGGUAAAGAAAAGAAAGUUAAUAUAGAUUUUGAACCUUUUAAACCUAUUAACACUUCUCUCUAUCUCUGUGACAACAAAUUCCAUACAGAGGCACUGUCUGCAUUAUUAGCGGAUGAUAAUAAAUUUGGAUUCAUUGUUAUGGAUGGUAAUGGAGCUCUUUUUGGAACAUUGCAAGGAAACACAAGAGAAGUUCUACAUAAAUUUACUGUUGAUUUACCUAAAAAACAUGGACGUGGAGGUCAAUCUGCCUUGCGUUUUGCACGUUUGCGUAUGGAAAAAAGGCAUAACUAUGUGAGAAAAGUAGCAGAAGUAGCCACUCAACUGUUUAUUACUAAUGAUAAGCCAAAUAUUGCAGGGCUUAUUUUGGCUGGUUCUGCUGACUUUAAAACUGAACUUAGUCAGUCUGAUAUGUUUGAUCCUAGGUUACAAGUUAAAGUUUUAAAAUUGGUUGAUGUGUCCUAUGGAGGUGAAAAUGGCUUUAAUCAAGCAAUAGAAUUAUCUGCUGAAGUGCUUUCCAAUGUAAAAUUUAUUCAAGAAAAGAAAUUAAUAGGAAGAUAUUUUGAUGAAAUUUCUCAAGACACUGGAAAAUAUUGUUUUGGUGUUGAAGAUACUCUUAAAGCAUUAGAAAUGGGUUCUGUAGAAAUUUUAAUAGCUUGGGAAAAUUUAGACAUAGUGCGUUAUGUACUAAAAAAUCAUGCUACAGAUGAAGAAAAAGUUUUACAUUUAACUCCUGAACAAGAAAAAGACAAAACUCAUUUUACAGAUAGGGAGACUGGAGUAGAGUUAGAACUUGUUGAUUCUGUGCCUCUUUUAGAAUGGUUAGCCAAUAAUUACAAAAGCUUUGGUGCAACUCUGGAAAUCAUUACUGAUAGAUCUCAAGAAGGAUCCCAAUUUGUUAAAGGUUUUGGUGGUAUUGGUGGUAUUUUACGAUACAGAGUAGACUUCCAGAGUCUUGAAGUUACAGAUGGUUUAGAUGACUUUGACCUAGAUGAUUUGUAAAUUUUUUUAAAACUUGAUGCUAAGAUACUGCAUCAUGCAUCACUUAUGUGCUCUUUUCAACUUAACUUCAUAUCUGAAUAUGUUGAAAAGAUAACUUUGACCAACUUUUUGUACAGGAACUUUAAACAAAAAAUAGAAAAAGACUUUAAAAAUUUGGUUUGGCUUUGGCAUAUUCAAAAAUUCAUUAUAUUGUGGUUUUAUUAUUGGGAUUUGGGAUGUAAAAAUUUAAUCCAUUAAUUAGUGAGACACUCGAAAUAUAUGCCAACUAUUUGCAUUUUGAAAGAAUGAUUUGUGCAUAGUUAAGCAUUGUUUGUAAGCCACAGUGGCUUUGUGCCUGAUUUGCUUAUCAGAAUAAGCUGGUGAAAGACUGGCAUACAACAGCUGAGCUCAAUUACAAUGAAAACAAUAAAUGAUGCAAGUUUGGCCUUGCAUCAAGCUGA